AUGUCAUCCUUCCCUCUUGUCGCGCCAUCGAGUGUCUCCGAACCACUGUCGCUGCAAGUCAAAUCCAUCGCCGCCGCUGAAGAGGGAGAGGACCCUCUCCUACCCGCAGAACCUCAGUUGUUCCUUGCCAUAAUCACGAACAAACAACCAGCCCCAGCGGAUGAGACUGAGCCGAACCAGCUGGUGAUUAAGGCGGCGGCCGCACUGGAGCUUUCCUCGCCAGAACCUAUCGCCGUUGACAUAGGCAUCAACGAUACCAUCACUACAACACCUAAGACCAACGUGCAGUUUCAGAUUGAUUCCGCCUACAAAAGGGUUUCAAACCAUUCUCAAACGAUGGACCAAGGGUUGACCAGUGUGGCUGUUGAAGUUGACGCAGAAAAUCCUCUCUUCUCGAUGACCGUAGGCACAAACCAAUCCACCAAUUCAAGAGUUGCCCUGCCGAACGCCUCAAACAACAACAAAAUAGCAGAUCGGGUGGCAGUGGAGAUGUUUCCUUGGGAGGCUCGAUUACAGGAUGGAAAAGAAAGACAAAUGAUCCCCAUCAGAUCUGCCAUUUCAUGGAAAUUCAGAAGGAAAAGGGAGUUGGAGAACGGUGGCCGAGAGCGCAACGGAGAAGAAGGAAGUCGCAGAGACGAUGGGAUCUGCAAGAUGGCGGUAGCUGGGUCAAAAUUUGCGGGUUUAGGUAUCGAAGAUGGGCUGACCAUUCAGGGCUGCGUUGGGCCGACGAUGGGUGGAUUAACGAGAGGCCUUCUCUAUGAAAUGAAACCCAGUUCUGGGGGCACUGAGGACGAGACCAUGGGAUGGAAUGGAGCUGAGUCGAGAUUGGGGGAGAAAGGAAUGAUGGAAAUGCGACAGCAAGCUUACAAGGCCUGUGAAAUUCAUAAUCUUUCACAGCAGAUGGACCCUUGCUUAAUUAAGGACUUGAUUGUCGGUACAAUUGAAGAGAAGGGUACGGGUGAUGGUUCAGACAAGUGUGAUCUGAUUUUGAAAUUUGGGAGAGGGGUUUGGUUUCCACAUAGGGUUGCCGAGAUGGAGGUGCCUAGUGGUGCAUUGUUAUUAUUCGGAGGGUUAAUACAAGUGCAGGAGAUACGUGUGAUUAGUGAAGUAAAGCAUGGGGUGCAUGGAAGGAUGGUUUGGGAAGAGGAAUUUCACAGCUUGGUCUUGGCGGUCGAAGAAGCUGAUCUUGUAGGAGUAACCCAUUCCUUCACCGUAGAGAUGAAGCUCUUGUACAUAGAAAUUGUCGAUGUUGGCUUUGUUCGAGUGCCUCAACGGAGUUGGAAGUUCCGUAUACGCGAAAGAGAAUACAUGGAACCUGACAUCGGUCUUCAACGAUCACUAUUUCCAAACUCGGCCUUGAGGACGUUUUCAGUGGAUGGUAAUGAUGAGCCCAUAAUCGCUCAGUUCGAGUGUCGUAGCCCAACACUGCUGCCAUAA